AUGAGUUGCUUUCAAUUUACUGCUAGAAGGUUGGUUUCCCAAGUGUAUUGUGGACUCAAGGCUGCUGCUUCAAAGAAACAGAGGUUUCGCUUGGAAAUGGCUCGUCCGAGUUCAAAUAUGGCUGAUUUUCGAGAAGCGUUUGCCAAAGCAAAGCACAUAGCCAUCAUCACUGGAGCCGGCGUUAGUGCGGAGAGUGGAGUCCCUACCUUCAGGGGGGCUGGAGGUUUCUGGAGAAAGUGGCAAGCCCAGGAGCUGGCUACUCCAGAGGCUUUUGCCCGAAACCCUUCUCGCGUGUGGGAAUUUUACCACUAUCGCCGGGAGGUGAUGCUGAGCAAACACCCAAACCCUGCGCACGUCGCCAUUGCCGAGUGCGAGAGGCGACUGAGCAAGCAAGGACAAAUUACUCAGAAUAUUGAUGAACUGCACAGAAAGGCGGGCACAAAGCACCUCUUGGAAAUUCACGGUAGUUUAUUUAAAACUCGAUGCACCAACUGUGGAAAUGUAGCUGCAAAUUACAAGAGCCCGAUAUGCCCCGCAUUAGCUGGGAAAGGGGCUCCGGAUCCUGCAACAGAAGACGCCAUGAUUCCAGUUGAAGACCUUCCUCAGUGCGAGGAGGACGGCUGCAGCGGUCUCCUCCGUCCCCACGUGGUGUGGUUCGGUGAAACCCUGGACCCUGACAUUCUCACAGAGGUUGAAAAGGAGCUUGACAUCUGCGACCUCUGCUUGGUAGUCGGGACCUCCUCUGUGGUGUACCCCGCCGCAAUGUUUGCCCCUCAGGUGUCCGCCAGAGGAGUGCCAGUCGCGGAAUUCAACAUGGAAGCCACUCCUGCUACAAACAGAUUCAGGUAA